AUGGAAUUAAUUAUUGACAUUGCACUUUCAGCACACAAAAAAGAAGUCUUUUCACGCCGCAAAUGCCUACGCUGCAACAAAUUCUGUCAUUUUUAUUCAAUAAAGCCAGGAAGAGAUAUUUUUGGAAAGCCUUAUCAAACGCCAUCAACUGCGCCGUAUAUUUCAUGUACUAUUUGUAAAAGAGAAGUAGCAGCAGGUCGUUACGUUCCACAUCUUGAAAAAUGUUUUGGAAGUGGUCGUCUAAGUGGUCGCUUAGCACAACAAAGGGUAAAUGUAUAUAAUGCGUCUAUGUCAUCAUAUGCAAAUGAUGCUGAUAAUGAUAUUUCUUCUUCAGAAGAAAUACAUCAUAAAAAAAAGAAGCGCCGCCAUGGCAAUGGAUCUGGAAAGUCAGGAUCAGGAAAAUCAUCACAUUUAAAGACAAAAAAAACUAUAAUUACAUCUAAUAGCUCAGACACUGAUUUACAAUCAUGA